AUGUAUAUAAAAAAAUUAAAAGAGUUGAUAUCAACAACUUUGGACGAUUAUCGGAAUGAGAGAUACAGUGUUUAGCAUAACUAAUUGACACUUUAAAAAAUAUGGCCAACCUUUAUUAUUCUGGUCAAAUUUUAUGCUAUUAUUGGACUUAUAUACAUAAUUAUUUACAAUUCCCUAUAUUUCAAGAGCUUUAAUAAGGCUUACACUACAUUUUAUUUAUAUAUUUAACUUGCAGCUAUCGUUUUGUAUGUUGGCAUUGUUGAAAGAAUUACUAACUGCUUAAGGGAAUCGUAUAAAUUANGAGAAGGAGGUGAAGAGGGUUACGAUGCCAGUAAUUCAGAUCAUAAAACGAAGAUCUCAAAGUUGCCCAGAAGAAUCAUCUAAAGGAGAAAGCAAGCAAACAAUUAAGAAUUUGAUACAGACAGAGAAUAUGUAUGCAUUUUAUCAUAUUUAGAAAUAAAAAGAAUGA